CUGUUGUUUAAAUUUUUGCACCAAACUCAUUAUUCAUUUUCUGUCUAGUUGUGGCAACUGAUGAUGAAAAGAUUGCUGAAUGCUGUCGUGGAUUUGGUGCUGAUGUGAUAAUGACUUCAGAAUCUUGCCGUAAUGGCACUGAGCGAUGCAAUGAAGCACUUCAGAAGCUGGCGAAGAAUUAUGAUAUAGUUGUCAAUAUUCAGGGCGAUGAGCCUCUUAUUGAACCCGAGAUAAUAGAUGGUGUUGUUAGAGCUCUUCAGUCAGCCCCAGAUGCAGUGUUUAGCACUGCUGUUACAGCUUUGAAACCCGAAGAUGCAUUUGAUCCAAAUAGAGUGAAAUGUAUUGUGGAUAAUCAUGGAUAUGCUAUUUACUUCUCAAGGGGUUUAAUUCCAUUUAACAAGUCAGGGAAGGUCAAUCCAGAUUUUCCAUAUUUGCUUCAUCUUGGAAUUCAGAGUUAUGAUUCGAAGUUUUUAAAGAUAUACUCAGAUCUUCAACCCACACCGCUGCAGCUAGAAGAGGAUUUGGAACAGCUUAAAGUCCUCGAGAAUGGUUAUAAAAUGAAGGUAAUAAAGGUUGACCACGAAGCUCACGGUGUUGACACUCCUGAAGAUGUUGAAAAGAUAGAAUCUCUAAUGCGCCAAAGAAACCUGUCUUAAUUUCUCAAAAUGAUGGAAACGAGAUCUUCAUUAGAAUGGAUUUCAAUCGGUUUCAUCCGGGACUCAGGAGGCAUGUUUACCGUCUUUAAAUGAUGGAAUGAGAUUUUCAUUAGAAAAAAAAUUUCAUCGGUUUCAUCUGUUGUGGGACUUUGUAGGUUGUUUGUCAUUGUCAUUUUCCGGAAAUAAGGUUUUUGAAUGAUUUCAUCGGGAGGUAUAGGAGGCGUGCUUGCCGUUAUUUCGUAGGUGUAAGAUUUGCACAUAGUAGAGAGUCCUUUCUUUCAUUCCAGAUUAUAUAUAAAGCUUUAGAUGAACCACUGUCAUUAACUGGCGGAUUUGGAUUCUGUAUUUCAUUCAUUAUGUACACUGUUUCCCUGGUUUUGUGUAUAAGAAUCUAUGGUUUGUGCUCCUACUAAUGGUGGAAUUGAACCAGUGA